GGACCUGUACAUUGUGACGGAAUCUGUUCCUGUCAAGGUUCGAACGUCGAGUGGACAAAUUAUCGCGAGAUCGUGAUCACUUCCUCUUUGCGCGGAACCAGCGGACAAGAUGUCGCUCGUAAUUCCAGAGAAGUUCCAGCACAUCCUUCGUGUUCUCAACACGAACAUUGACGGAAGACGCAAAAUCGCAUUUGCCAUCACUGCCAUCAAGGGUGUUGGAAGGCGAUAUGCCCAUGUGGUCCUGAGGAAAGCUGAUAUUGAUCUGAACAAGCGGGCUGGAGAACUCACUGAUGAUGAGGUUGAGAGGGUGGUGACAAUUAUGCAGAACCCUCGCCAGUACAAAAUCCCUGACUGGUUCCUAAACAGACAGAAGGACAUUAAAGAUGGAAAAUACAGUCAGGUCCUCGCUAACGGUCUGGACAACAAACUGAGAGAAGAUCUGGAGAGGCUGAAGAAGAUCAGGGCUCACCGUGGCCUUCGUCACUUCUGGGGUCUGCGUGUGCGUGGUCAGCAUACCAAGACUACUGGUCGUCGCGGUCGUACUGUGGGUGUGUCCAAGAAGAAGUAAACUCAAAAUAAAACUGAACCAUUCAGCCA